AUGGUAAAAGGUGGAAAGCGAUAUUCUUCAAUGAGCAAUGAUGGCAAAUGGUUUGCUCAUUCAGUUUUACCAGAAAAUGAGACAAGGAAUCGUGGGACUUGUACAAGCACUGGGAUCAUGCUGACUCAGGUUAAAUCAUCAUUGCCUGAGGCUCUGAACUUUGAGCGCUAUCCUAAAUGGAAACCUCAGCAGAAAUCCAGAGAGUAUCCAUUCUCAGACCAUGACAACAAGCAUUCCUUAAAAGACAACAUCUCUGUCUUUACUCAUGGUGUGGGACGCAGGAAAUGUCUUGAUGAUCGCAGACAGCACAACUCCCACUUCUGCCUGUGCCAGGAUGGAGCUGACAGCAGCACUGCAGAGAGUGGGGGGAACCUCACAGCCUACCAGACUGACUUUAUGGCGAAGCAGGCUGUUAAUGUUCCAAACAGCACCAGAAGGUUCCCCCGCAACCACAAGCAGAAGUCUGCAGAGGCAGCUUUAGGACAGGCAGGGGAGCAAUUGAUGUGGUUUGGACGACACGACUCUGACCUCCCGGAGACCCUGCAAGUGCUGGCAGCUACCAACAGCUCAGCAUCUUCCAGGCCCUAA